AUGGCGCCCCAGAAUGCAAUCGGUGAGGAGGUGCUCGAAGUGCGCAAGCCUUCGCUCACCCGGAGGAUGUCGAUGGAGAAGCGGGUGGUGCGACGCGGCAGCUCGCACAUCUUAAUCGACGUACUAAGUGAUUCGGUAGAAGUGGAAGAGAUUCACGACAUUACGUCUUCGAACGACCACAGUGCCACCUCGCCUCGCUUCUCUGCCUCUUCUUCUUCGAUCGCCCCUUCAUCAUCGGUGAAAGAUCACAACAGCCUCCUGGCAGAACCGAACAGGCCUGCCCAUCUCGACAAGCAUCGAAUCACCAUCGCCGCCGUGUCGCCGCGUCUCAGGCGAAGGCCUAUGAACGACAAGGCUGCAGCACGCAAAUCAUCGAUGCCCGAUGGAGGAGGGAAGCAAUCGAGUAGCGAGCCAUCAUCCGAACCACCGGCCUCCUCGUACUACGAGCCGCAGCUGCGUUGUGGGGUCUACAGUAUGCAGGGCCGCAGGAAGGCCAUGGAAGAUGCUCAUACGAUCGAUCUCGGCAGCGGUAGCGGCUCCUACGCGCCGCGUUCGGCGGGCGCCUCUGCCUCUUCAUCAGAUGGCAGCGGCGGCAACGACGCCAAGGAGUCCAAGCCCGACCACGGCCACCCCUCGAGGGCCGGCGUCGCGGACGAGCUCUCAAACGCCCUCAACAUGCCCUCCUCCCCCGACGGCCUCUGCGCCUUCUUUGGCGUCUACGACGGACACGGUGGCAAGCGCGCAUCGGACUUUGCGUCGACGAUCCUGCACCAUCACAUCCUGACCAACGACCACUUCCAUACCGACCUCAAGCUGGCCAUCCGCGAGGGCUUCCAGCGGACGGAGCAGGAGUUCCUGGACAUUGCGCGAAAGGACAACAUGGGCGACGGCACCACCGCGCUCAUCGCCUUCAUCAAACGCGCCCGGCUCUACAUCGGCAACAUCGGCGACAGCGAGGCCGUGCUGUCACGCAACGGCACCGCCAUCCCGCUCACCACCGUACACAACCCCGGCAAGAAUCCAACUGAGAUCGAGCGUGUGAAGCGCGAGGGCGGCAAGCUGUACCACGACACGCGGCUGGCGCACCCCAACCUAAACCCGUCAUUUUUCAACCUGGGCGUGUCCCGGUCAAUUGGCGAUCUGCUCUUCAAGCACCCCGACUUCACCAAGGGCAAGCCGUCCGGUCUGACGGCCGAGCCCGACGUGGUAGACGUCGCCCUCGAAAAGACCGACCAGUUCAUCAUUCUUGCUUGCGACGGUCUCUGGGACGUGAUGGACCACCAGCAGGCAGUCGAUUUUGUGCGCGAAGCCUUGAAGCAGGACGACGACCCGCAAGUGGCCAGCAAGGCGCUUGGCGAGGAGGCCUACAAGAAGGGCAGCCAGGACAACAUCACCGUUGUCGUGUGUACACUGAAGGAGGACCUCGGCGAGGGGAGCGACGAGGUGGAGGAGCGGGAGCAACGAGGCAGCGACGAGGUGGAGGAAGUGCGCGUCGUGCGCGCCGAGCUCAAGGAAGACGUGCCCUGGUGA